CAGCUGCCUCGCGUGCGCCGCGUUUACUCCAUGAACCCCACGGAGCUGCUGGAGAGCAUGCAGACUUGUGCCUCUCGUCGCUUGUUCAUGCGUUCGGUGUGGGAAGCGAUGAUGUAUCGCUGCUGCGUGUUGCGUGGGGCCUUCUCCGCGCAGCAGCAGGUGCAGAUCGUGCGCAUCUUUGCGUCUGUACACCGCAGAGAAUGGGAUUUUCUGAAUUAUAUCCUCGAAGGCCUCCGCAUGCAGCUGCACCAGCUUCGGCUUGCAGACGCAGUGCUGCUGAUGGCGGCGCUGCAGCGGCUCCGCCUAAAGGACGAGCUGCUGUUGAGGGCGUUGACGCCUCUCUGCCUCAAACGUCUGUCAGCAACAACACCCCCUCCUCUCCUGGCUCUACUCGCGCACACCGCUGUCAAGGGAAGAAUCCCCUGUCUGCGCCAGGUGCUGCAAAAAGUGUUUGUCUCUAUGGCUGCCCGCGUGAAGCAGAAGCAGGAGACGCAGACCCUUUCCCUGCUGCUCUCCGCUUACACGCGCUACGCAUGCAACGUGGCGGGGGUCCCUCCGCUCUCGGAGGGGCCCCCUCCAGAGGAGGGGCCCCCCGAGGAAGACGUCGACUUUUGGGGGCUUCACGGGAAGGGGGAGGAGUCGGCAGUAGUAGUGCCCUUUAGGCCUUUUAUUGAGUUGCUGCUAGAGGCGUCGGGGAGCAGCAAAGUGGUGCGACAGAUGCAUGCCACAGACUGCAUGCAUCUCUGCAUCGCAGCAGUGAAUUUGAAUAGAGCUGAAUCCGCGGCUGCAGCUGCAGCAGCAACUGCGGAUGCUGCUGCCGCGCCGCCGGUGUCGUUGCCAGCGACUCCGGAAGCAUUCGUGCAGUCUGUGUUGCGGCGAGUCUUGGAUGUAAUGCAUGAGUUCUCGCCGUGGGAGCUGUCACAGCUCCUGCCCGCACUGCUGCACCUCCCGGGGGCCCCUACUAAGCACUUGCAGCAAAGUGCAAUAAACCCUUUGCUUCAGCGAGCACUUUACCGGAUACUGGAGGAGAUAGGCGCAAGGGCUGAGCGCUUCACCGCCGAAACAGCGGCGGAAGCUCUGAGACACAUGCAUCUCCUUAGAGAGCCCGCUUACGUGACGGAAGCUGCCCUGCUGGUCCGUAUGGAGAAGGCGCUCUCGAGUCUGCACGCGUCGUUUGCGGCGUCUCGACACCUCCCACUGCUGCAGCAAGUAGCCCAGCGGGUUGCGCUGCCCUCCUCGCUGUCUGUACAGCUCUUCUACCCGUCCAUAGUUCCUGCCAUUAGCAGCUGCAGUAUCAGCGACAACAACAGCUGGAGUGGCGCAAGCGCAGAAACGUUUCGCGAGCAACAGGAGUGGGCACAGCCCAGGAUCGCCACUGCUGCUGCUGCGCUUGCAGAGGCAGGCAAGCAGCAGCAGCAAGAGCAGCAGCAGCAGCAAGAGCAGCGGCAG